AUGUCUGGCGGAGGACCCUCCAAGACCUCGGCCGCGGCUCCCGGCCACGACAAGCCUCGCUUCUCCGCCUUCGAUGAAACGGACAUGGAGGCAGCGGACGUGUUGAUGAGCUUGAGGAAGACGAGGACGCCCCUGCCGACGGCGCGUCCGCGGACGGCGCGCGAUGCGCCCGUCGCCGUCCAGGACGACCACGAGCGCCGCGUGGAGGAGAUGCUGCGCGAGAAGGACGCGGCCCGCGAGGCCCAGGGCAAGGGCCCGCUCGAGGAGCGCAGCCGGGCCGAGUACAGGACGGGCCUCCACACCCAGGUCUACGGUGUCGAGGCCGGCCCGCGAGCCAGGUGCGUCCAGUGCAGGGCGGCCGAAGGGAAGACGAGGGGCGACGCCGUCGUCGCCAAAUUCUUCCCCGCGGGCCAUUGCAUGAGCAAGGAGGGCGGCAAGGGCACCUGCUCUCGGUGCAAGGUGCUGAAGCAGAAGUGCGUCAGGGACGAGUAG